CCUUGGGAAAGGCUGGGCGGAAGUGAGGUCAUAUGCGGAAGUAAAGGGACAGCUGGUUACCCACGUGAGCAGCAUGGAGGGGUCCCCUGGAUCACAGACCUUGUGCCUCUUUGACCUGAACCCAGAAAACGAUUUGUUCUCAGAACUUUUCCUGAAUAAUAAUAAAAAUGCAAAAGAGGGAUUUUCAGAAGAUAAACCGAAACUCCCAGAAAAUUGUGAAAACAGAGGGUCCAGCAUUCUGGAAAUUUCAAAUCGGAUGAGCUGCACUACUUGUCAGUCCACGUUUGACAGCAGAGAGGAACAGAAAGAACAUUACACUUUGGACUGGCAUCGCUUUAAUCUAAAACGGAGAAUCAAGGGGGCAGGUGUUCUGAGCGAGGAGGACUUCCAGAACAAGACGCAGGAAGGGGACGUGUCCAGUAUUUCUGGCUCCGAUUCGGACAGCUCAGAUGAAGAGGAAUCAAGAACGUCCCUUGAGUCCAGUUUGGAGUCCUCUCUGGACUUGGGUCAUCCAAACCACUCCCAAAGGAUCCUGUUCAGGAAUGGUCAGGGGAAACUGCUGUCCGUGUACCGCUGUGUACUGGGGGUAACAAAGGACAUGGAAGUGAGUGCAGAACAGCUACUGAGCUGUGUGAAGAGUCUGCAGGACCAACCAACAGUGGUGAUUCUUAUGGCUGGAGGAGGACAUUUUGCUGGCACAGUGUUUAAGGGGAAGGAGGUGUUCAAACACAAGACCUUCCACCGAUACACAGUGCGGGCAAAAAGGGGAACUUCUCAAUCUCUUCAUGAUUCCCAGAACCGCAGCCACAUGGCCAAGUCUGCCGGGGCAUCUCUGAGACGAUACAACCAGGCUGCACUAAUGGCGGACAUAAACCAGUUGUUGCAGAGUUGGACAGAACACAUUGCUGAGGCUCGUGGAAUCUUCCUGCGUGCUCCUCACUCUGAUAAGACUCUCUUCUUGGGGCGGAACUCCCCAAUCCCAAAGAAGGACCCACGUGUUCAUGGCAUUCCCUUCAGCACUAGGAGAGCCACCUUCCGAGAGGCGCAGCGUGUACACACACAGCUCUUUACUCUGCAGGUACACGACAGGGAAGUACCAAUCACUGGAAUACGGGAGAAACCUGUCAGAUCCAGAAAACCGAGACGGACAGAGAACCAGGAGGAGACAACCGUUGCCCCCGAGCAGUUGGAAGAAGAAGAUGAUGAUGAGGAUCCGGUGCUGGAUGAAUAUGUGGAAGAAGAGGUGACCAUAAGCACGCUGGAUCUCAGAGAAUAUGAGGUGCAGCCAAAAAGAAAAAGGAAAAAGAAGAAGAAAAAAGACUUCUCAGAGUCUGUGUCUUCUCAGGAUGGGGGUGGAUUAGGGUCUAUAUCUCAGGAGCAAACAGAAAAUUCCACUGAUGAUUGCGAAGACUUGGCCAAUCGGGAGCCACUACUAUCAGCAUUGGAAGGUGAUGAGCUGAGCAGGGUGCGGAAUGCCUUGUUCACCUGCUGCAAGACGGGAGAUUCUGAGACCGCUAAACAGAUCCUGCAGGAUCACACCCCUGACUUGUCCUCUUCCUCGCCCCCUCUGACCAGAUCUCCAGCCUGUGAGGUGGUGAGCAGACUGGUGAAUGAGCGUCUUCCAUUGGAGCAGCGUACACUCCUACACGUAUCUGCGGCAGCAGGACACGGAGAAGUGGCUUGUCUGCUUAUGAAUGCUGGCUGGGACCCGGCUCUCAGGGACUCUGCCGCACAGACGCCAUAUUCCUUGUGUGCUGAUAAACGCACUAGGAACGCCUUCCGGAAAUAUCGGGAGGAUAACCCGGACAAAUUCAACUACAGCAAAUCUCAGAUCCCAGGACCCAUUUCAGAGGAAGCCGAGGUUCGCCGGGCUGAAAAAAAGAAAGCUCAGAAAUCCCAGCGAAAGCAGAAAGAGAAGGAGGAGAAGGAAGAGAGGCUGAGGAGGGAGGCCGAGGAGGCUGAGAAGAAAAGAUUUGCAGCAAUGAGUGACCGGGAGAAGAGAGCUCUGGCUGCAGAACGUAGAUUGGCUGCUCAGCUCAGCCUCAGCAAAGAGACCGCUGGGAGUAAUGGGAGGAGAUGCUGGCUAUGCGGAGAGUCUCUUUUAGGAAAAGUGCCUUUUGAAUACCUCGAUUUCUCCUUCUGUUCUACCCGCUGUUUACAGGAACAUCGCCGGAGCCAGUCCAGCAAAUCUGAGAAGUAACUACUUGUCCUCUAACAAGAGGAGAUGGUGUGUCCAUGAACUGUGAGCUACAACACAGGAUCACUGCUGCAGCCAGUACUUACCUCAUCCCUAAAGAUGGAUCUUGUGAGGACCAUCAACAGAGGACCCAAAGUCUUCAUACAGUUCAUAAUUUGUAUAUUGCCCAAUAAAUGUAGGAGAUUUUGGUGCUCAGACCAAAUCAAAAUAACUGCUUUUAAAUUAAAGGAAGGAACCCUAUCAUGAAAAAUC